GACCUGCUGGGCGUCGCCUUCCCGCUGCGCCCCGUGGGCAUCCUGCGCUCCUGCUUCUCGCGCCGCAACGGCACGCCGCGGCAGCCGCUGCUGGUGCCCGCCGCGCGGGCGCGGCUCACACUGCGUCCUGGCUUGAGCGGCGACUUUUUGGAGGGGCUGGGGCAGUACAGUCACUGCUGGGUGCUGUACAUCUUCCACGAAAACACAGACCUGCAGCGGCUGUGGCAGCCAGAGAGGGACAGCGGCGUGCGCGCCAAGAUCAGGCGAGCGGUGCCGCGCCUGGAUGGCGGCAAGAUGGGCGUGUUUGCCACUCGGUCGCCGCACAGGCCCUGCCCCAUCGGGCUGAGCGUGGCGCAGGUGGUGGCAGUGGAGGGUCGCACCCUGGUGUUGGGCGGCGCCGACAUAGUGGAUGGCUCGCCCAUCCUGGACAUCAAGCCCUUUGUGCCCUUCUGCGACAAUGUCCAUGCAGCGACGGCGCCCCCCUGGGUGGCGGCCAAGGUGCGGGGAGGCUGCUCGUUUGUUCUUGCUGCAUGCUUUAUUGCGGCGCUGCGCCGCGCUUUUACAAAACACGCAACGCAGCUGGGGCAGCGCUCGCUGUACUGUGGAUUUGAGCAGUACAGGGAAUUGGUGGAGCAGGUAUUGUCUCGGGACAUCCGCAGCCACACCCAGCGCAUCAAG